CCCCCAUCUUGGACUACAGUGUGCUGUACCGUAACUGCACACCCCAUUCCACGAUCACGACCACCACCAUGGAUAUGGACAUGCCAAGUUCCUCCAAUUCGAGCGCCUGCUCGGUGACGAUGCUCUGGAACUGGACCACCAUUGAUAGCUGCUUCCUCGCCUCUACCUGGCACAUCACCACCGCCGGCCAGUUCGCCGUCUCCUGCAUCGGCGUCGCCUUCCUGGUCGUCGUCCUCGACGUCCUGCGCCUGCUGAGCAAACAGUACGAGGAGCGGCUCCAGCGCCAGUUCCAGCGGCACGUCGCGGCGCAGUCCCCCGCCGAGCGCACGCAGUUCUUCUGCGGCGACACGCUGGCCGAUGGGCCGAUGGUGGUGACCUUCCGCGCCAGUCCGGUGCAGCAACUCAUCCGCGCACUGCUGCAGACGAUGCAGUUCGGGUUAGCGUAUAUCAUCAUGCUGAACGCCAUGUCGUAUAAUGGGUACAUGAUCAUUUCGAUAUUUCUGGGGGCGUUCGUGGGGAAAGUGCUGUGUGACCGCGGGGAGUAUCGCGUGGUGCUUCCGGCGAAGGGGAAGCUGGCCGGGGAGGUUGCUGCGCCGGUCCCAGACAAACCGGAGGAGUGGACGACGGGGUGCUGUGGGUAGAUGCAGUAUAGGACUGCGUUUCGAAUUAGAUUUGUCAAUAACGAUGCUGAUGAUUAUGCU